CCUCAACCUUCGAGCAAACACGACAAGCCCCUUAAAUCAAAGACGACCGCCUCUUGACAGCUUUCACCUUGCACACCAACAGCAUCUCACCUCUUUACCUUAUUCUCACCCAACUCACCUCACACACACACACACACACACACACACACACUCGGUCGAAAAAUGGCCUCGGGCAUGCACUACGCCCACUGCGGCGCCAACGACGGCUGCAAGCUCGCCUUCCAGUCCUCCCUGCCCCUCUUCGGCGCCGCCUCCGCCACCAAGUGCGUCCUCCUGAUGCACGGCUUCAGCGGUUCGAGCGCCUACUUCCACCGGAACUUUGACGCUCUCGUCGCCGCCGGCCUCUGGGUCGUUGCCCCGGACAUGCGCGGCCACGGCUCCUCCGACCGCACGCGCGGCGGCUACCACGUCGCCCGUCUCGCCGCCGACCUGCAUGACCUUGUCGCUCACCUGCGCCGCGCCGCCCCCGACGUCGCCAUCGUCCCCGUCGGCUGCUCCAUCGGCGCCGCCGUGCUCUGGACCUACGUCGAGCUAUUCGGCGCCGCCCCCGACUUUGCGGGCUUUGUCUUUGUCGACCAGGCCCCGCUGCAGGACCGCUCGCCGUUCGACGGCUGGGACGAGAGCAGGGCGCACACAGGGUGCUACGACGAGCGGAGCAUGCUGGCCGCGCAGCGGUUCUGGAUCGACGACUCGGCGGCCGCCCACGUCGACCUCGUGGACGGCUGCCUCGGGUACCGCGCGAAGCCCAGCCCGGACGACGAUGUUUCGCCCGAGACGAGGAAGCGGGAUGAGGACUUCUUCACGGGCAUCAGCGCGCUGUGCGAUCAGACGUGGCUGGCGAGGCUGUUGGCCGACCACACGCGGUACGACCAUCGCGAGGCCAUUGAGACCAUCAGCGUGCCGACGCUCGUCAUGGCGGGGCGGAGGUCCGGGUGUUUCCCGCUCGAGGGCAUGCUCGAGACGGUCCGGCGGGUCGAGAAGAACCGGCCCGGCCUGGCGAGGGAGUCCGUCUUCGAGUCCGGGCACUGGCUGUUCUACGAGCAGCCGGAGAGGUUCAACAGAGAGAUUGCCGAGUUUGUGGACAAGUGCACUAACUGAGUGGGUGUGGCGUGGAAUUAUGCUGCCUGAAUGGAUUGGAGCUAGAAAGGUUGUGCUUCGAACAAUACAAUUCGCACCUGUUCAUGGCCAAGAGAAGUCCAACACUUGACUCUUGCUUCCCUUUGGGCCCGCGACGCCAUCCUUCUCCAGAAACUCAUCGAAACUGUCUGAGUCACCGC